CGACACACGCUCACUCGAAUGAACAAUCGGUUAUUCAGUCAUAUUCGGGCAAUUGAGGAGCUUUCGCGUUUUUCUUCUAUUUUUCCGUGCUGGAUGGCUGGUUUGUGCGAGUGGGCCGCGUUUGCUGGGUUUUAUUUUGGCGGUUUGCGACGCGGAGAAUCGAUUUGUUGUUGUAAAUGGGAAGUAGGUGCUUGCUGAUAAUGCGAACUUGCGAAGAGUCGCCAGCAUGGACCACAUGGCCGAAAACUACCAACUCAAAUGGCACUCCUUCGGCAGCUACCUCCACUCCUGCAUCGCCACCUCCCUCCAGAACGAAUCCUUCGCCGACGUGGCCCUCGUCACCGUCGACGGCCGCCAGAUCAUGGCGCACCGCUUCGUCUUAUCCGCCUGCAGCCAGUACCUGCACCAGGUGCUCAAACUCCAGCCGCGCGUCACCACCGCACUACCCCUCAUGAUCAUCCUCCCACCCGAGAUCAACUACCGCACCAUGAAGACCCUCGUCCAGUACAUGUACAGCGGCGAGGCCACCGUCUCUAAGGACAUCCUCGAGCCCGUCUUGCGCGGCGGCGACAUCCUCAAAGUCAAGGGCCUGUGGCGGCCCAAGGAGGACGAGAGCAGCGAGAACCGCCUGGUCAAGGUGCAGCACAAGAGCGACAAGAAGCAGGCGCCGCCGCAGUCGCCGGCGCCGCGCGCCGACAAAGACGGCCCGGAGGCGGCGGCCGGCGCCCCCAAGGUGCUCAACUACACCAUCAACAUGGUGAAGACGUACCAGAAGGUGGACAAGCAGGCGCUGGCGGCGGAGAUGGAGAAGAUGAAGGGGGAGAAGCAGAACUCGGUGAUCAAGAGCACGGAGGAGGAGAAGCGGUCGGCGGCGAGCGGGGAUUCGGAGGACGGGGGCGAGAAGACGGAGCAGAGCAACGAUUCGCUGCAGUUUCUGGUGAUCAAGGAGGAGCCGAUCGAGUGGACGGAGGUGAACGAGGCGGAGAUGGAGCUGGUGGACGAGAAGGAGGUGUUCAGUACGGAGAUGACGAUCAAGCCGGAGAUUUACAUGGAGGACUCGGAGGAGCAGGGGUUGUACUCGCCGCUGACGUGCGAACUGUGCACGGAGACGUUCACGCUUCCGGCGGAAUGGGUGCGGCACGUGCAGACCCAUACGGAUAUGCUACCAGCGAAGAGGCAAAGAAGGGGGAAGAACCAACAGGACGACGACUCGGACGCCCCGUUCCCCCAGCUCCACUGCGACUUGUGUCAGAAAUACUUCCCAACGCCCGCGGAAUGGGUCCACCACAUCCAGAAUACCCACACGGAGUUCGAGUUGCACCUGUCUAACAAGACCGCACCCGGCAAAGUGAUAAAAACUCCAAAGACUUUCAGCCCUGCGCAGAAUUCGUGCACGAUUUGUUCCAAAAAGUUCCCCUCCCAUGCUUCCUUGCUGAUACAUAAGCGCACCCAUACGGGGGAAAAACCAUACAUGUGCGAACUGUGCUAUAAGGGUUUCAAUGUGAAGAGCAACCUCCUGAGGCACUUGAGGACUGUCCACGACAAGAUCAUCAACCCGACCGAGGUUGAGGACGGGAGUAAGGAGGACACGGGUGACUGAGUUCCGAUGCAUUUCAUGUGUACAUAAAAUUUGAUUUCUGAUUAUAUUCUUAAUAAAACCAAUAAAAUUUAAUCGAAGGAA